AUGAACCAGCUGACUGAGCCAACAAGUUUGAAUAGUGAUCUUGAGGCUGAGUUUGUGUCUCAGUGUCAGGGAAAGUUUCUUCUUUUUGAGAAACACAGCACCAUCACCAAGUUCACCAUCCUCAGGCUAUCUGCUGACCCCCACAUCCAGGCUCUGCGUUUUGUGCUAUUCCUUGGGGUUUACUUCCUAACCCUGAUGAAGAAUCUGGUGAUGCUGCUGGUGAUCAGUGCUGAUUCCCGUUUCCAGGUACCUAUGUACUUCUUCCUAGGACAACUCUCCUUCCUUGAUAUCUGCUACUUCUCAGUCUCAGUGCCCAAGUUGCUGGAAAAUCUCUUGUCUAAAAAGAAAGCAAUCUCAGUAGCGGGUUGCAUGGCCCACAUCUCCUUCGUUUCUGCCUCUGAGGGCGUUGAAUCCUUCCUGUUCCUAGCAAUGGCCCAUGACCACUAUGUUGACAUUUGUCAUUCUCUGGUAUUCAGUCAGGUGAUGAGAAACCACCUGUGUGUGGGACUGCUGUUGGCCCAGUGGGGCCUGGGCUUUCUGGAUGAUCACAUCAAUAUAUUUGGAGCUGGCUCUUUAGAGUUCUGUGAGACCCACACUGUCUCCUAUUUCAGUUGUGAGCUGCCCUCCCUCUUCCCUCUAGCCUGCUCCACCAAUCUCACUGUGCUGGCCUGGUCUUAUGUCACACACAGCCUUGGAACUGUCCUCCUCAUUUUCUUCUCCUGUGCUCGCAUUGUGUCUACCAUUCUGAGCAUCAACUCCACCACAAGCAAACACAAGGAUUUCUCCGCCUGUUCCUCCUACCUCACUGUAGUAUCUUGUCUAAGUCUUAGAUUUUUCACUUGA